AUGACGGACGACAAAGAGUUGGUUGAAAUCACAGAAGAACUGAACGAAAUAGAAAUACAGAUAGCCUCACUUUUAGAAAGACAGCAAUAUCUUAUUGACAGGAAAAAUGAAAUACAGAGCCGCUUGAACUCAGAAGAAAAGAAAACUUCAAAAUCAAAUCAGACGCAAAAACAAGACUUCAAAGGCUCCAGWUUYGAAUGGUCAAAAGAACUUGAAAAUAUACGCGAAAAUGUGUUUAAGAUGGACACGUUUAGACCUUUGCAGCUUGAAUGUAUGAACGCCACAUUGUCUGGUUGUGACUGUAUACUUAUUAUGCCAACAGGAGGGGGCAAAUCAUUGUGUUUUCAAUUACCUGCAAUGGUUUCUAAGGGUUUUACUCUAGUGGUGUCCCCCCUGGUUUCUCUAAUGGAAGACCAAUUGAUGGCCUUACACAGGUUAAAUAUUAAAAGUGAAAUGUURAAUGCAAGCUGCCCAAGAGAGAAGGUUAACUCUGUUCAUGCCGCCAUGUUGGAUCAGAAAUCUGGUCUCAAGUUGUUGUAUGUGACGCCAGAGAAAAUAGCAAAAAGCAAGAGAUUUAUGGCAAAACUGGAGAAAAGUUAUGAUGCUGGUCUUUUAUCUAGAAUAGUCAUUGAUGAAGUCCAUUGUGCCAGCCAAUGGGGUCAUGACUUUAGACCUGAUUACAAAAUUCUUGGAAUCUUAAAGAGACAAUACCCAGGYGUACCCAUACUGGGACUGACAGCUACGGCAACMACCAAGGUCAUUGAAGACRUCAAGAAGAUUCUGGUUCUUCAGUCAGACUGUUUGCUGUUGAAGGCUUCAUUCAAUCGACCAAACCUAUACUAUGAGAUAAGAUACAAAGCACCAUCCAGCAAAGACUGCAUGAAUGACAUGUGUCAGUUAAUUAAAUCUAGAUUUGCCUCUCAAUCAGGCAUUGUUUAUUGCUUCUCAAGACAAGACUCUGAAGACGUUGCACAAGAACUUAUGACAAGAGGAAUCAARGCUGGUUGCUACCAUGGUGAUAUGCCUGCUGAAGCUCGRAGUCAAGUGCACCAUAACUGGACACAGGAUAGAAUUCAGGUUGUUGUAGCUACUGUUGCUUUCGGCAUGGGUAUUGACAAGGCUGAUGUGCGGUUUGUUAUCCAUCACAGUCUCAGUAAAUCUAUGGAGAAUUAUUACCAAGAGAGCGGUCGAGCUGGCCGUGAUGAUAAGAAGUCUUCGUGUAUUCUCUAUUAUAGACCUUUUGAUGCUUUUAGACAGCUAACUAUGGUAUUUACAGAACAAACAGGCAUCCAAAACCUCUACAAUAUUUUGAGGUAUUGUCAAGAUGGAAGAUUGUGCCGACGCGCAUUGAUUGGACAGUAUUUCGGAGAAACUUGGGAUCCAGAACAUUGUCAGGAGAUGUGUGAUCACUGUCAAUCAAGUCAUAAGAAUGUAACAACCAUGGACAUCUCAGACUACACUAUAAGCCUACUAAAGAUACUGGAACAAGCAGCAAGUCUUGGAGAACGAGUCACACCAAACAAACUACUUGAUGCUUGGAAAGGAAAGGGUCAAACCUCRCUGCGUGUGCGCUCARUUACACCUCCCAAUCUAUCCCAAGAUGCCUGUGAAAGAUUGAUAGUUCAUCUAGUSUUCAAGGGAGUUCUGAAGGAGGAGUUUCACUUCACUCCAUAUUCAACGAUAUGUUACUUGGUUAAAGGAACGAGGGCUGGAAUGGUGAUGCAAGGAUUGAAAGUCAAAAUGGACCUAUUACAAGAUCAGAAUGAAGAAAAUACAAAAUCAAAGACUAAAACUAAACGUAAAAGCAAAUYCAACAUCACCACAGAAGCAAGYAAUGGUUUGGACAURAAUGCUUCAUCAAKAAAGACAUUGCCUUCUGAAACAGSAAGUAAAAAAAGGAAAACAGAGAAAACAAAUCAGGCAGAACAAUCUCUUGUUGUAGAGACAAAGAAAACUUUUGUUGUUGUAUCAGAUAGUGAUGACAAUGAUGAUUUUGUAUAGCUUAAUAGAGUUUAAAAGAUGUAAUUUUUAUCAAUAAAUUACCUCUGUUUUUUUUGCCUUCACUAUGAAUAAGACAAGAAAAACUAUAAAAGUAAACAGACAACUACAAUUUAAGUCAAAAGGAAACAUUAAAACACUCUUUCUGUCCUUCUUUCUUUCUUUGUUUUUGUCYACUUAUCUUAACUUGAAUUGAUUUUAAUCAGUAUAGCAAAACACCUUGAAKCAGGUUAAUGUGUUUUGUUAUGCUGAUAAAAAUGAGUUAUGGUGGCCCUCAAUGUAAAAACAAAGUUUGACCAAUGGGUGUAAAACAUCAAUAAAGAGUUUUUCURACAGUGUAAAAUUCAAUGUAUGUGAUGUCAAUAGUUUACAUGGUUAAGUGUGGAGUGAAGCURACUAUUAUUACUCAUGAUUGUAAAAAUAAAUUUUCGAUUACA